CCGCCGUAGCAGGAGGAGGAGAGCAUGACUGGUCCUUUGACGUGGAAUAUUUCCGUAAAGAGACGAUGGAGGAGUAGCAGCGUGUAGCUCAAAAGCUAUCCCGUAUUAACCUUAAAUCGAGACAGGAUUUAGCCCUGAAUCCCACUCGGACCUGGGUUAACGGCGGGAGUUAACAGACCAGACUUUUCAGUCUUUCCCAGACUGACCCUUUCUGCUCCCCACCUCCCUUAGCUCAGCUUCAAUCAUGAUUAAAGCCAUUUUAAUAUUCAACAACCAUGGGAAACCGAGGCUUUCUAAAUUCUACGAGCAUUAUAAUGAAGACACAGAGCAACAGAUCAUCAGGGAAACUUUCCACUUGGUCUCGAAAAGAGACGAGAACGUCUGUAAUUUCCUUGAAGGUGGAAUGUUGAUUGGAGGAUCAGACUACAAACUGAUCUACAGACACUACGCCACUCUCUACUUUGUCUUCUGUGUGGACUCAUCAGAGAGUGAACUAGGCAUUUUAGACUUAAUCCAGGUAUUUGUGGAAACGCUGGACAAAUGCUUUGAGAAUGUCUGUGAGCUUGACUUAAUUUUCCAUGUAGACAAGGUCCACAACAUUCUGGCGGAGAUGGUGAUGGGCGGGAUGGUCCUGGAGACCAACAUGAACGAAAUCAUCAUGCAGGUGGAUGCCCAGAACAAGAUGGAGAAGUCUGAGACGUUUAUCUUUCAGUCUACAAGGCAGGACAGGUAGACACAGGCCGGUAUUGCAGGAGCACCUGCUCGUGCUGUAUCAGCUGUAAAGAACAUGAACCUCCCGGAAAUGCCCAGAAACAUCAACAUUGGUGACAUCAGCAUAAAAGUGCCAAAUUUACCCUCCUUCAAAUAGUGGCCGCGUUCCUGAAGCUGCAGAUGUCAGCCAAGGUUUACCGUGAUGCAAUCUGUUUACCAAAACCUCAAAUUGCUAACUUUUAUCAAAACUUUACAUUUUGAAGGUACUGUGUGAUUUGACACUCCUUGUUUUGUGUUCUCUUUUUGUUUUUCCUAUUAAAGAAAAAAUGUUUUAUGUGUGUUUUUUUCAGUUGGAAAGAAAAAUGAAGUAUUUAUUUAUUUGUGGUACAUUCCUUCUGCCUCGCUGGAGGUUGGCACUUAAAGAUCAGCUGCUACAGUUCAGAUCUGUGUCAGUUUGUAACUGGAAUUAUUUCACUGACUCAAGUGUUUACUUAGAAGACAAAGUGUGGCAGGUGGUGAGGUUUUGGUACAGUCUCAUUGGUUUGGUUAUGGCAGACCAGAGAAAUCAAUCAAUACAGGAUAGGGCAUGAAACUAUUUCCAAUACAAAAUUGGAACAGGUCUGCUACAGUGUUGACAGUCAUAAAUAUACAGCUUGUUUGUAAAAUCAGUGCAAAGAAUCUUAUUAUAUUACAGUUAUGCUGUGUGAAAGAAAUAUGGAUAUAUAUGCUGAAAUUUUUUUCUCUUUUCUUAUCUGUAUGAACAAACCUUUUUAAAUGAUUUAUCAUGUCUCUUGAUCUUAAUUUUAAACUGUGCAUGAAUUUUUUUUCCCUCUUCUUUUUCAACAUAAUAAACUGUCGAAACCCAA